UUUUAAUACCUAAGAGUGGUGCGUGCUGGAGCGGUUGUUAUCGAGGAUGGCAGCUGCGAACCAGACAGAGCGGGCAGUUCUGGAUGAGGAGUUCAAAUGGCUCUUGAGAGAAGAAGCACAUUCUGUCUUGAAACAACUGCAGGACAUCCUCAAGGAAGCCUUUCGUCGCUUCAGCUUGCCUUCUGAGGGACCAGAGAACCAAACCAAGCAGGAGAACUUUAUUCUCAGCAGCUCCACCACAGAUCAGGUCAGAGGAAUUCUUACUCUCCAAGGGGAAACUCUAUGCCAAGCUGGACAAAAUCUUAGGACUCUAAAGUCCAAGGUACUCCUGAUUUUUCUGUUCAAGUCUUUCAUGCUGUGGGAGAUGGAGCAAAUCCAGGAUGCCAGGAAUCAUGUGACCCAGGCCCUUCAUCUUCUGAAUAGUCGGGAUGACGGCUAUGUGUUCAAAACUGGGUCAGAGGUCAACAAGCUGAUGGAUGCCGUGAUGUUGCAGUUAACCAGAGCCCGCAAUCGCUUGACCACACCAGCCUCCUUAACGCUGCCAGAGACUGCUGCCAAUGGCUUGACAAAAAUGUUUACUCCCUCACUUCCUUCAGAGGUCUUAGUGAAUUUCUAUGUUAACAUGAACAAGUUAUGUCUGACUGUGUACCAGCUGCAUUUCCUUCAGCCAAACUCUGCCAAGCAUUUCAAGCCCUCUGGAAGUGCAGUACUUCACAAUCCAGGAUCUAUGUUUGAGUACAAUAAUCAGAGAUGGGAGGUUACCCAUGUCCAUAAAGUGGAGUGUGUGGUGCCCUGGUUGAAUGACACCCUCGUCUUCCUGACCAUUGCUCUCCAGCUGUGUCAGCAACUGAAGGAUAAGAUUUCAGUGUUUUCAAGCUACUGGAGUUCCAGGCAUAUUUGAAGUAACCUUAGCGAUGAAGGAUACUUUUGGUUCUUAUUCCAAACCUGACUGAGGUGGAUUGAAUCUUUUUGAAGUGGCUGUUAAGACUUUCUCUUUGAGACAAAACACUUCGCAUGCCUUGAAGACCUUGUGUCUGAUGGCCUGCAUUGCACUGAAUUAUAAUUUUACUUUGCUUAUAAGCUAUAUCAUGAAUAAUUGUUACAUUUUUUUGUCAUUUUGUAGUCUUAAGCAUUAUGCAUUUUAAAUGAUUGUCUAGACUGUGGCCUGUUUAAGAACCUAUGAAGGAUGCAACAGUAGAACAAAUACAACUCUUUCCUGGGUUUCCAUUGUAAAUUAGGCUCAGGAGGCACCUGAUGGACAUUCACGAAGGACAGCACAAAUACAAACAAGAACCAUACCCUCCCCUGAAAAAAAAACUUAUUUACAGGAACAUCUAAGUACACUGUCUUAUUUUCUCUGCUUUUGUAACUUAUGUGCUACAAAAGGGAUGAGGUAUCUGGGUAGAUUUCAUUUUUAUUUGAAGCCUGGGCAGUGACUUCUGAACUUUCUGCUGUUGAUUGAUUUGUAACUACCGCAUCUCUGUACACAUUAGUAGCAUAGGGUCUGAGAAUGCUAGAGACCCUUUAUUGCUGAUAGCAUAGCUUAUGCUACCAGUAAUGUGUUAACACUAAUAGAAGUCUGUAGCAGUGUCAAUGUUUGCUGUCAACUUGUACACAUCUGCUGUGUCUUGGCAUUUAGCAUCUGUAUUUUUCAUUGGUGGUUGCCUUUAAUUAUCUGGCUGAAAAUCCAUUUCUCAUUAUCCAGUCUGCACUUUGGGAUUAGAGUUAAUGGAGUGGAUUGACCAUCAGAUUACCCAGCAUGAAUAUUUCCUCGUUCUCCUUGAGUAUUCUGUCUCUCCCUUAGUGAGAGUGGUGUUGCUGUGACAUUGUAGCAAGACACAUAAUCUGUGAUAUGACUGAAUUAUUUUUUUUUUACAUUUUACUGUGAUAGUUCAUUUAUAUGUUGGAAGUUCAUUGUGCACCAGGUUACUGACUGCACCACUGUAGUGUUUGCUUUCAUUUCAGAGUUGUAUUGUAUGUGCAAGUUUGUUUUUUUGUAGUACACUGCCGUUCAUUUUUGGAGGCUGAAGGGUUCCGUAGUGGCAUUCCAGAUAGGUUUGUCACUGUGUAAUAUGCUGUGAUGCACUUGUUUUGUGGUGUUAGGAAUUUCCCAUGGGAUACUAAAAGUACUUUACUAGCUUGAAUUUAUUCUGACAUUCUAGAACUUUAUCUGGUUUAGCCAUGCAGUGACAUUUGACCGUAACUGCCUCUGAAGUCAUAAUGUCCUUAUUUUACUAAAGCCCACAGUAGAUUAUCUCCUUUCAUUCAGGCUGUUAUUUAACAAAGUUUGCUCUGGAAAUAAGGAAAGUUGUCAUGGCAUGUUUGGAUCACCUUUAUUUGUAAUUGUGUGUUUGUACUAUCUAUUAUUUCUUGCAAAUUUUUCUAACUGUUGCUGUUAGUUUUAGCAUCUGCACCCAUUUUAAUUGUCAGAAAUUCUGAUUGUCCUUUUUGAUCAUGUUUCUGGUGCUACAGUGUGAUUUGUCGUUCUGGAUCCAUUCAGACAUCCCAUUACGGCACAUUUCCUUUUGAACCAGGAUCUUAUAAUAGUGCACAACUGGAGGAUGGAGGAUUGUGGGGUCAUCUUCUGGAAUUUGUUACCAUGUGGAACUCGUGUUGUGUGGUACUAAUCCUGCAUUUUCCUAACUCUUGUAGGAGUCAUAGAAGUGGGCCAGAACUGAAAUGUAGGAUUCAGUCUUUAGUCCUUUAUGGGUACAGUGACAUUGUGCCUGUCUGGCAGAACUGAUCUGUCCUUAGUGGGUGCAAUGAAAUUGUGCCUGUGGAGCAGAACUGACCUGUAAGGUACAGCCUUCCGUCCUUAUGUGCAGUGAACAUUGUACCUGUGGGACAGAACUGAUCUGUAGGAUUCAGCCUUCUUUCCUUCGUAGUUGCAGUGAAAUUGUCCCUGCAGGCCAGAACUGAAAUGCAGAAUUCAGCCUUCUGCCCUGCAUGGGUGCAGUGACAUUGUGCCAGUGGGGCAGAACAAACCUGUAGGAUUCAGCCUUCUCUUCUUCAUGGGUGCAGUGACAUUGUUUGUGUUAUAUGACAAACUGCAAAAGUACUUCAUUGCUGCAUGGAUCUAGUAAGGGAAAAUACGUUUGGUCUGUUUGUUUAUUGUCAGCUGUUAAAGGUUAGUGUGAUAUAAAAUUGUAUAUUUUGUUAUUUAGAAGGUAUACAUAUGUCAUUUAAAAGCUAGCAUUGUAUAUUUGGUUUCCUUUUCAUGUAUUAAUUUAGUAGGCAUUAGCCAUAGCCAAUACUUUGAUAGCUACAUUUGCAGUCGGGUAUUUUUGUUUGUAUAAUUUGUACAGAGUACCAGUGUGUGCUUGGUAAAAUGAUGGCCAUCCUGUGUAUGCUGUCCACUAACCUCAAACAAUGCACAGAUAUACAUCAUGAAACAAGAAGUGUGCUGUUAGCUACUGAUAUAGCUUCUCAGUGGGUUGAAGGAAGAGUUAAAACUAAAAUAUUUUAACUCAUUUCCUGGUCUCGGACAAUCCAGCCACUUGUCAGUUUUUAUGCAUUGGCUUUCUUAUAUGUUCUCCUUGGCUGAUUUAGGCAAAUUGAGGCGGUCUUGUAGCAUCUCUGCUUUGUCUCUGAAACCAUUCAGUUGUUGAAUUCACAUAGCCGUUGUAUAUUGACAAGCUUUUUAUAGCUGUAUAUUUGCAUUUAUUACUCUGCAUUUUUUUUUUUUUUUUUUUGCUGGUGUGUUCCAGUUUCAAAUCAAAAUGGAUAAUUGUUACAGAUGAUCGUUAGUUUGCUGAAUUUGAAUGUUGAGUGAUCUUCAGUAUAGAUCCCUCAGUGCAGUGCGAUCUCUGAAGGACUUGUUUAUUUUUCAUUGGAGUAGACAUAUAUUAUGGAAGUUCAGUAGAUGAACAAAGGCUUUUUAGUUAUUCAUCUGUGUGUUUUUCAGUUCGUCUUCCAGUCUUCUCCUGUAAUUGCUUUGUACAUUGUGUGUGUGUGUGUGUGUGUGUAUGCUUGCCUCUUCACUAAUUAAUACAUCAGUGGUCAGCAUGGUUAAGAUGCUACAGGAUUCUCAGAUUAUUACAUAGCAGUUUACUCCCAGCUGAGCCUCUGGUAAGUACUCUGUGUAGUGAUGCCUAAAAGCUCUGCUGGUGGAUGUGUAGAAGUCCUAUAUUUACCUUUUAGUAAGGCAAAAAGCAGCAUUAUGGUUUGCUGCUCACCCGACAGUAACCUCUGGUUAGACAUAUCUGCAUACGGAAGGUGGCUGCUGGCCUAUCAUAUUUGCCCAUUUGUUAGUUAGCUUUCAGCAGCCCCUCCUCCAUUUCAGGAAAACCAGGAAAUGAGAGUUGGAAGCCAAAGUCACUUCAGUAGUCGAAAUAAAAUACUUUUAUUGAGCGCUUUUGUCUCAGUGCAACAGACUUCUUCC